AUGAUGCUUGCACAUCUCAAAGCCCUAGACCUUCUCAUGAAGUUUUUCAUCUUUGCACUCUGCCUCAUACCGGCCCUUGCAUAUCCAGUCAAUGCCACCGAUAGCUUGACCACUCUCGAAAAAUGCACGCUUAAUCCUCCGCUCCCAACUUUACAGGAAGCUCGCCAGCAUGUUAAAAAGCUGCCCAAGGACAAAUCCAUUUUUUACUUGGGCCAAUGCCAGAUGGCAGCCUCAUUCUACGGAUCCAAGCAUGGUAUGGUGAUGUUGGCAAAUGCAGAUGAUGGAUCCGGCUGGUUGCAAUUUGAAGGCGGCCCAUUCCAUGAAUACGUCUCAAGGCAAUGUGAUGAUGAACCUACCUGGACGGAAGAUGAAGAGUGGCAGGCCAUAAACAUUAUUUCACAAGCUUUUGCCGCGGAGUCCUCGGGCGUUGCCACUGUUGUUCUUCCAUACAUUGUCCAUGACAGCAAGAACCAUUGGGAUGGCGAGUUUGAGACACUAAAGGUGAACCCCAACAUUCACAAAGUGGUAGCCUUUGAUAUGAAGGAUUGCACAGCGGACCCUCAAGGCCAACCAAGAGAGCUGUGGCCCAGAAAUGAGGCCAAAACUGCGCAUGCUGGCUAA